ACAGAUCCAGUUGAGUAUGUGGAAAACAUGUGUGAAAACAUGCAACUGUACCCACUGCAGGACUUUCUUACUGGAGACCAGCUCCUUUUUGAAUAUAAACCAGAAGUCAUUGCUGAAGCCCUUAAUCAGCUAGUUCCUCAAAAAGCAAAUCUUGUUCUACUGUCUGGUGCUAAUGAGGGAAAAUGUGACCUCAAGGAGAAGUGGUUUGGGACUCAGUAUAGCAUAGAAGAUGUUGAAAACAUUUGGGCUGAAUCAUGGAAGAGUAAUUUCAAAUUAAAUCCAGAUCUUCAUCUUCCAGCUGAAAACAAGUAUAUAGCCACUGACUUUACAUUGAAGGCUUUUGAUUGCCCAGAAACAGAAUACCCUGUUAAAAUUGUGAAUACUCCACAAGGUUGCCUGUGGUAUAAGAAAGACAACAAGUUCAAAAUCCCUAAAGCCUAUAUACGUUUCCAUCUGAUCUCACCUUUGAUACAGAAGUCUGCAGCAAAUGUGGUCCUCUUUGAUAUCUUUGUCAAUAUCCUUACCCAUAACCUUGCGGAACCAGCUUAUGAAGCUGAUGUGGCACAGCUUGAGUAUAAACUUGUAGCUGGAGAGCAUGGUUUAGUUAUUCGAGUGAAAGGAUUCAACCACAAACUACCUCUAUUAUUUCAGCUCAUUAUUGACUACUUGGCCGAGUUCAAUUCCACACCAGCUGUCUUUACAAUGAUAACCGAGCAGUUAAAGAAGACCUACUUUAACAUCCUCAUCAAGCCUGAGACUCUGGCUAAAGAUGUGCGGCUUUUAAUCCUGGAAUAUGCCCGUUGGUCUAUGAUUGACAAGUACCGGGCUUUGAUGGAUGGCCUUUCCCUUGAGUCUCUGCUGAGUUUUGUCAAAGAGUUCAAAUCCCAACUCUUUGUUGAGGGCCUAGUGCAAGGGAAUGUCACAAGCACGGAAUCUAUGGAUUUCCUGAAGUAUGUUGUCGACAAACUGAACUUCAUGCCCCUGGAGCAGGAAAUGCCUGUGCAAUUCCAGGUGGUAGAGUUGCCCAGUGGCCACCAUUUGUGUAAAGUGAAAGCUCUGAACAAAGGUGAUGCCAACUCUGAAGUCACUGUGUACUACCAGUCGGGUACCAGAAGUCUAAGAGAAUACACGCUUAUGGAGCUGCUUGUGAUGCAUAUGGAAGAGCCUUGUUUUGACUUCCUUCGAACCAAGCAGACCCUUGGGUACCAUGUCUACCCAACCUGUAGGAAUACAUCUGGAAUUCUAGGAUUCUCUGUCACUGUGGGGACUCAGGCAACCAAAUACAACUCUGAAGUUGUUGAUAAGAAGAUAGAAGAGUUUCUUUCCAGCUUUGAGGAGAAGAUUGAGAACCUCACUGAAGAUGCGUUCAACACUCAGGUCACAGCUCUGAUCAAGCUGAAAGAGUGCGAGGAUACCCACCUUGGGGAGGAGGUGGACAGGAACUGGAAUGAAGUGGUGACACAGCAGUAUCUCUUUGACCGCCUUGCCCAUGAGAUUGAAGCACUGAAGUCAUUCUCAAAAUCGGACCUGGUCAACUGGUUCAAGGCACAUAGAGGACCAGGAAGUAAAAUGCUUAGCGUUCAUGUUGUUGGAUAUGGGAAGUACGAACUGGAAGAGGAUGGCACCCCUUCUGGUGAGGAUUCCAACUCUUGUGAAGGGAUGCAGCUAGCCUACCUGCCACCCUCUCCUCUCCUGGCAGAUUCCACCAUCCCCAUUAAUGAUAUCAGGGCUUUCACAUCAACACUCAGCCUUCUCCCCUACCAUAAAAUAGUCAAAUAAACUGCAGUCUCAUUGGCCUGAAGCAAUGUGUAUUU